AUGGCAUCUGAAGGUACUGCCGACGUUUUAUCUGUCUUGGAGGAUGUGGACAGGCGGUCUUCGAAAAGUACGUUUGUUUUGUUUUCAUAGAAACUCAUAUAAUAGAUGUGUUUCAUUGAUCCCACUUGUGUAAUCUUGAAUUUAGUAUUCGUUUGGCUCUCCGAAGCCCUCGAUCGGAAGGCCCAUCAUUAUGACGUAGCUGAAAGAAUGGAACUCGCUCAGGAUGAAGCCGUUUUUGCAGAAGAAAUUCUGCGGGAUGUCAAAACAGAUGCGGGGAAUUUAGACGAAGAGGUUCAGCAGAAGAUCCGAGAGGUAUCAAGCCGUCUGAAGCGGGCCAAGGUUUGCAUCGAAACUCUGCAGAAGGUGGACUUGAAUUAUCGGUGAGUUUUUCUCCAGUUAUGAUGGUUGCGGAGUUUUGGAAUGGCCGAACUUUACCGUUUCAGACGCUGAUACGUUUUCUGAAUUUUGUAUCUAAAAUUUUACUUUCAGAAAUAUGCAUAAUCCCCAGUAUUAUGUUAAAGUUCCGCUUUCUCUCGAACCCUUGAAGUCUCAUCUUUUGGAAGCCGAAAACAAGGUGGAAUUCCAGGUUAUGGAGUCGAUUUUUGAUAAGGCGGCCUUUACCUUACAACUUCAAAACAAAUCUUCACGUGUUUCUAUCCUUGACAAAGCAAAGGCGAAAGUGGCGAAGUCCGCCCCAGUGGUCACGUCCGACGAAAAUGAGCAAAUGGAUAAGUUGAAGAAGAUGUUGUCCGAACCUGCUCUUAAAUUUGUGCAUGUAAGGAGGUUUUUUUUAUAAUUUACUUCAUAUUCGUUUGAAAUAGGGCCUCAGGUUAGGUGUGUGCCAUAAAAAAGCCCGAUUGUUGUGGGCUGGAAUUUUUGCUUUGCAAUGAAAAGGUUUGAUUUUAGAAUUUGAGAGUGUUAAGUCGGGAGGAUUUGGAUCUUCUGGAAGGUGGACGACCCACGAACAGCCUAAAGAAUAAUGCCCAGGAGCCGGCAUACUUGAUCAGGUAGGUGGUGUUUGUUUAUCUUUUAUUAUUUUUGCAGUAAUCAUGCCUUCUGCGUUUACGACCGCAUCAAGAGCACGAAAGGCAAUUCCGUUCAAGUCCAGGUCAUUUUGGACUUGUUCUUCGCUUGCUGUCGUCCCCGCACCAUCAAUAUGGGGGAUGUGUUUCGUUACUCCAAUGAUUGUUUGUUCCUUACCCAUGUCCUGCUGCUGCUGUGCAAAAGGAACCCUAAAUAUCCGAAUUUCCCAGCUCAGUUGCAGCGAAUCACGUCUGAGAGAAAGAAAGUAAUCGAAGAAGAGGUGGAGUUCUUGGCCAACCAGCACUUGGCCUUCUCGUCCAACGCUCUCUGUGCAUGGUUGGAUGGAGAUACGGAUGAGUUUGCCAUUGUGUACAGUAAAUUAAAGCAAGUCAUCUUACGCAUGAAGCAGGUAAGAGGACUCACAAUGUUACAGUCUUUUAAGUUUCUCCGCCCAGUUGAUCUUGUUUUGUUAUCGAACAGGAUAUUCAUGAAGGUUAUGAAUAAUGUGUUUGGAUUGGUCCUGCACUCUGAAUACGACGCUGCUACCCAUGCUGGUUUCAUUCUGCUUUUGAUCAGAAAAGUGGACAAAGAAUUGAAAUCGAUUCUGUCCCUGGAUCUGGAAUGUGACAUCUUGAAAAUGGUGGAAAAGAAAAAGUCGGCCUUUAUUGAGAUCUUCAUGGGUGAUAAAGAGGUGAGAAUGGUCAGUAAAAUAUGUAUAAAAUAUUUUUCAGGACUUGCUGAAAAAAUGGUUUCUCUCAAAAUCGAGCAAAGACCCGUUGGAUAAGGUCCUCAAGCAAGAGGAAUUCCAGACUCUGAUGGACAAAAGAUUCGGAACUGUGGCCCUGAGCUCGGCUCCUCCUACCCCUCGCCCUGUCCAGUGA